GGUUACGCAUUAGGUUGCCGAAAUGGCGGCGCACGAUCGGCACAAAUCCGUCGGUGGAAAAGCAAUAAUGGGUUACUAUUCACGAGAUACAUGUUAAUUAGCCGAAAUUAAACGUCUGAUAGUAAUUUUCGAAAAAUAUUCCUGCUGUGGUUGAUUCAAAAGAAGUUUUCCAUGUGAAACAUGGACUUGUAUUGUGGCCUAGCUGCUUUCUGAUGACUGGAAAUUUUCGGAUCAACAAUAACUUCAAUCAGGAAGAUGGUUAGAUCUGGCUUUGGAUAAGAAAGCUUGGUGCUAUUAAGUGUCUACACGGUUGGCAAGUUGCAUAGUUUCGCACUAUGAAAGUUAAAGAAUUGUCAACGAUGUGCAUAUGUCCAAAUAAUAAUCGAGCCUCUCGUAUUGCUUUCAAAGCAAUGGUUGCCUUUUUCAUUAUUUUUGGUCUUAUGUUUAUUUUGUUAGUUCAUAGUAUACUGAAUCAAAUUCCUAGUGGGGGAAGAACAUCACAAUGGAAUACAGCACAUCCUGUGGAAGAGAUUUGGAUGGGGGAAACUGAAAAAUUAACAAGUACUGGUGUGAGUGAGACUCUCUCUACUUUAAAAAGUGAAAUAUUUGAACUUCAAAAGAUAAAGGUUGCUGCUUUAAAUGACCUGCGAGAUCUUGAAGGAAAGAGAUAUUUGUACCAAGAUGCUGUUAAGAAAUUAGCUGCAAGUAAACUGGAUCUUUUGAAUGAAAUAAAAAGGUCAGAACGUGGGUUGAAUAAGUUGAAAAAUGAACUUCGUGCACUACAAUCAGCUGUAGAAUCAAAAAAAUACCAUGUCAACAUUCCAGUUGGUAAGCCAAAGCAACUUAGGCCCUCUGGGGAUAUAAUUGAGCACAAUAAACAGUCUUUGAGCCAGUCAAAAUGCAACUGUAAAUUUUCAAGUUGCUUUGACUAUUCACAAUGUUCCUUGCUAGAACCAUUUUCAGUGUAUGUGUAUAAGCCUUCUCCCAUGUUGAAGCUGCCAGUUGAUUAUAAAAGAAUGAUGGAUGUAUAUCAAGAUGUUUUGAAGUUUUCUCAUGUGACCACAAAUCCAAAGCAAGCAUGCAUUUUUGUGGAUAUUGUAAUACUAGAUGUUGAAACAAGUAUGAAAUAUGAAAAAGGUGUACUUUUGAGACAUUUCAGUAGCCUUUCAAGGUGGGAAAGUGAUGGAAGAAAUCAUUUGAUUAUGUUUUUAUCAAAGCAACCGGAAGAUGAAAGCUGCAAAUAUGUGGCAGAAAUGGCAAAUACUAAAUCAAUUAUUGCUUCAUCUAUAUAUUGUAAAGAAUCAUUUAGGGAACAAUUUGAUGUGUUACUAUACCCUGACGAUUUGAUAUUUGUUCAGGGGCAUGGUCAAUCAAUGUUGCCUAAGUUGUUCCCUAUCAGGAGAAAGUACUUGUUUACAUUUGUUGAGAAAUCAUAUGGGCCUAUUGUAUCAAAUUCUGAUUUGAUCGCACUGAGAGGAAAUUAUGUGAAUAUAUAUAUAAAGGCUGGUUGUAAGAGAAAAGAAUCAGGUUUACUAGAAGAGUUUACAGCUCUCUGCCAAGAUGCAGAAGAUAUUGAGAGAGUUUUACAACAAUCUACUUUUAACAUCAUAUACACUGCAAUCAAGUCACAAGAUCAAGGGUAUUUUCUUAGAGACAUAAUUACAUCAUUAGUAAAUGGAGCUAUUCCUGUAGUAAUAGGAAAGUCAUUUGUUCUUCCUUUUUCAGAAUUCAUUGAUUACCGAAAAUUCAUUAUUUUUAUUACUGGAGCAAGAGUACCUGAGACACACUAUAUUUUAAGAAUGGUGACAAAAUCAAAUGUGUUUGGUAUGAGAAAACAUGGAAGAUUCAUUUAUGAAACAUAUUUUGCCUCCUUAAAAAUGAAUCUCAUGACAAUUUUCAGCAGCAUUCAAAGUAAAGCUGGCUUACCACCAUUACCUUUGGAAGAUUACAAGUCAAUUCCUUUAUUUACUAAUUCAUCACCAUUGUCAUUCAAAAAUGAACGAGAAAGCAGUAUCAUAAUGUCUAGCCCAUAUGAUAGCAACUGGACAACCACAAACGUUAAUAGUCAUGACCUAUGGAACAAUUACCCAGGGGCCCACUACCUAUUGAAGUUUGUCCCAAGAAAUACUGUACUGCCUCCAUCUGUGCAGUUUUUUGAAGAUGUCACAGAUUACAUGCCAAUUGGUAAUGGAGAAGGUGGAGAUGGAAAAGCUUUUAAGAAUUCACUUGGAGGUGACAGUUCAGUGGAGCAUUUUACAGUGGUUAUUCUUACAUAUGACAGAGAGUUAAUCUUAGUAGAAUCACUGCAACGACUUUCAAAUCUCAAGUAUUUGAACAGAGUGAUAGUCAUAUGGAACAACCCUAUAAUGCCAUCAAAAGAGUUGGAGUGGCCCGAAAUUGGUGUCCCUAUACAUGUUGUUAAAGGGGAGAAGAAUAGCUUAAACAACAGAUUCCUUCCAUUUGAUCUUAUUGAUACUGAAGCAGUUUUGUCAAUGGAUGAUGACAUCUACUUGAGAGAUGAUGAAAUCGAGCUUGCUUUCAGAAUUUGGAGAGAAAACAGGGACCGGAUAGUUGGGUUCCCCGGUAGAUUUCAUUCAUGGAAUCCACAAGGAGGAUGGUCAUACAAUGCAAACCAUUCCUGUGAAUUGUCAAUGGUUUUGACUGGUGGAGCUUUCUUUCAUAAGUAUUAUUCAUACUUAUACACAUACCUGAUGCCAGAAACAAUACGUGAUAUGGUGGAUGAGUAUAUGAAUUGUGAAGACAUUGCUAUGAAUUUUCUUGUCGCUCAUGUUACUGGGAGACCUCCUGUUAAGGUGACGUCAAGAUGGACAUUUCGUUGCCCUGGUUGUCCUAGUUCUUUAUCCAACGACAAUACACAUUACACUGAACGCGCUAAAUGCUUACAGUUAUUACGAAAUAUAUAUGGAUAUAUGCCGCUGCGACGGACGCAGUUUAGGGCCGACUCUGUCCUAUUCAAGACGAGGCUGGCAGCCACUGAAAAGAAAUGUUACCAGUUUGUCUAAUUAUUUGCAUGUUUACAGAAUGAGUCUAGAUUUCAACUGGCCUGGGAAUCGCGUCCUACUUCGCGUUUUUCAAUCAGAACAGUUCGUAGAUGUGUCCGUGUACAUGAUACAAGGUGAAGAAACAUCCUAUUUUUAUAAAUUGACUUGUCUACGUACGCAUCUACGUAGUGUAUGUCUAGGCUAAUGCAUUGGUUCUAAAUUACUAAUACUGGUACUGCUUUUCAUUGAAUGUGGGAUAUUUAAGAUAUAGGUUUGCUGCCAACUAAUGGCUGUUACAAAUCGAAGAAGCCAGACAGGCAGCAUUUACGCAGAGUCGUCUCCAAAUAGAUUUGUUCAGGUGAAUCAACAAACAUUUUCUUCCAGCCUAACCCUUUUUUGAGAUUUUCUUCUUGUACUGGCGUAUAAGUAUCAAACUGCCCUGCUAUUAUUUAAAAGUUCUUCGCUGCAAAUUCAAACACAAACAAACAUCCCUUUAGUGGCAUAUGUAACUCAAGGUGCGAUGCAAGUGUUAAGGACAUAGUUCAUGUCACUUUUCAGAUCUAAUAUGUAUUUAGGUAUUAUAUAAUAUAUCCAUGCAGUAUCCCAUGAUGUUGCAAACUUUUUGAAAAAAACUAGAUUUUUGUUACUGAAUUUUAUUUAUAUUAAAUCCAGCAUGUUCAUACGAGUGUCUUCCCAUACCUGA